AUGGGAAUGGGCCUGUCUCUCUAUAUUUCAGGAUCUAGAUUUCUCAUCACAUCCACUGGAGCCUUGUAUAUUCUGGAUGUGCAGAAUGAAGAUGGAUUGUAUAACUACCGCUGCAUCACGCGACACCGCUACACUGGGGAAACCCGGCAGAGCAACAGCGCACGUCUGUUUGUGUCCGAUCCCACAAACUGGGAGCCAGUAAUCCUGGAUGGCUUUGACCGGCGGGAGGUCAUGGCCGGCCAUCGGGUGGAGCUCCCCUGCAAGGCGUCAGGUCACCCCACCCCAAAGUACCGCUGGCUUAAGGACAACAGCCCCCUGGAGCCUGACAGCCGGUUCCGGCAGAGUGUGACGGGCCUGCUGAUUGAGAGCACACAGCCCAGUGACACCGGCAGCUACGUGUGCGAGGUGUGGAACAGCCACGGCAAUGCGGAGGUCAUUGGCCACCUGCUGGUCAAACAGCCCCUGAAGGCUGUGAUCAGCCCUCGAAAGGUGAAGGGCAGCGUAGGAAGCCAGGUGUCACUUUCCUGCAGUGUUAGCGGCUCAGAUGAGUAUGAGAUCUCCUGGUACCGCAAUGGCGAGAUCAUCUACCCCGGCAACAGCGUGCGGAUCACUGGAAACAACAAGGAGAACCUGGUGAUGGAGGGAAUGGCCAAGAGUGACGGCGGGGCCUACCAGUGCUUUGCCCGGCAUGGCAAGAUGUCUGGCCAGGAUUUCGUGCAGGUCAGCCUGGAAGAUGGCACUCCAAAGAUCCUGUCAGCCUUCAGCGAGAAGGUCGUGAGCCCCAACGAGGUGGUGUCCCUGGUGUGCAUUGUCAAGGGCACGCCCCUGCCCACGGUCACCUGGACCCUGGACGAUGACCCAGUGGUGAAGGACAGCAACCAUCGAAUAGGCCAGAUCAUUACCAUGGAGGGCACUGUGCAGAGCUACCUGAACAUCUCACACACGCAAGUCCGUGAUGGCGGGGUCCACCGCUGCACUUGCAACAACUCAGCGGGAGUGGUCUCCUACCAGGCUCGAAUAAACGUAAGAGGGCCUGCCAGCAUCCGUCCGAUGAAAAACAUUACAGCCAUAGCUGGGAGGGACACCUACAUACACUGCCGCGUCAUUGGCUACCCGUACUACUCCAUCAAGUGGUACAAGAACUCCAACCUGCUACCCUUCAAUCACCGCCAGCGUGCCUUUGAAAACAAUGGCACCCUGAAGCUGUCGGACGUGCAGAAGGACAUGGACGAGGGGGAGUACACCUGCCACGUGUUGGUGCAGCCCCAGCUGGAGACCAGCCAGAGCGUUCACGUCGCUGUAAAAGUGCCCCCCUUCAUCCAGCCCUUCGAGUUCCCACGCUUCUCCAUUGGUCAGCGGGUCUUCAUCCCCUGUGUGGUGGUGUCAGGUGACCUGCCGAUCUUCAUCAACUGGCAGAAGGACGGCAAACCGAUCCCCGCCAGCCUGGGCGUCACCAUCGACAACAUUGAUUUCACCAGCUCGCUGCGCAUCUCCAACCUGUCCCUCAUGCACAAUGGCAACUACACCUGCAUUGCCCGCAAUGCUGCUGCUGCCGUGGAGCACCAGAGCCAGCUCAUCGUCAGGGUUCCCCCAAGGUUUGUGGUGCAGCCACGGGACCAGGAUGGUAUUUAUGGGAAGGCGGUGAUCCUGAACUGUUCGGCGGUGGGCUACCCCGUCCCCACAAUCGUGUGGGAGUAUUCCAAAGGUGCGGGCGUGCCUCAGUUCCAGCCCAUUGCCCUGAAUUCAGGCUUCAGGAUCCAGCUGCUGGUCAAUGGCUCCCUGCUCAUCAAGCAUGUCCUGGAGGAGGACAGUGGCUACUACCUGUGCAAAGUCAGCAACGACGUGGGAGCCGAUGUCAGCAAGUCCAUGUACCUCAAUGUCAAAAUCCCGGCCAUGAUCACGUCGUACCCCAACACCACUCUGGCCACCGAGGGCCAGAAGAAGGAGAUGAGCUGCACAGCCCACGGGGAGAAGCCCAUCAUGGUGCGCUGGGAAAAGGAGGACCGCAUCAUCAACCCCGAGAUGAGCCGCUAUGUGGUCUCCGUUAAGGAGGUCGCAGAUGAGGUCAUCUCCACCUUACAGAUUUUGCCCACCGUGAGGGAAGAUUCUGGAUUUUUCUCCUGCCAUGCAAUCAACUCCUACGGGGAAGACCGGGGAAUCAUUCAACUAACAGUGCAAGAGCCCCCUGACCCUCCCGAAGUAGAGAUCCGGGAGGUACGGGAUAGGACAAUCGCCCUCCGCUGGACCAUGGGCUUCGAUGGAAAUAGCCCCAUCACUGGCUAUGACAUUGAGUGCAAGAACAAAUCAGCAUCCUGGGGUUCAGCCCAAACAACCAAAGACGUGUCCCCCCAGCUGAACCAGGCCACUAUCAUCGACCUCCACCCCUCCUCCACUUACAACAUCCGCAUGUUCGCCAAGAACCACAUCGGCAAGAGCGAGGCCAGCAACGAGCUCACCAUCACCACCGAUGAAGCAGCCCCUGAUGGGCCACCACAGGAUGUUCAGCUGGAGGCCAUUUCCUCCCAAAGCAUCAAAGUCACCUGGAAGGCUCCCAAAAAACACCUUCAGAAUGGCAUGAUCCGGGGGUACCAGGUCGGUUACCGGGAGUACAGCAUGGGCGGAAGCUACCAGUUCAACAUCAUCAACAUGGACACCACGGGCGACAGCGAAAUGAUCACGCUGGACAACCUCAAGAAGUUCACCAAGUAUGGGGUGGUGGUGCAGGCCACCAAUCGUGCCGGGACAGGCCCCUCGUCCCAGGAGGUCAUCACUAGCACCCUGGAGGAUGUUCCGAGCCACCCUCCUGAGAAUGUUGUGGCCACCGCCACCUCCCCAGAGACAAUCUCGCUCUCCUGGUCAACCCUCACCAAAGAAGCACUCAACGGGAACCUGCAGGGAUUCCGGGUUAUCUACUGGGCCAACCUGCCCGAUGGAGAGCUGGGCGAGAUCAAGAACGUCACCACCACCCAGCCUUCCCUGGAGCUGGAUUGCCUGGAGAAGUACACCAACUACAGCAUACAGGUGCUGGCCUUCACGCGCGCUGGGGAUGGGGUGCGCAGCGAGCAGAUCUUCACCCGCACCAAGGAGGACGUCCCAGGGCCACCAGCCGGUGUGAAGGCUGCAGCCUCCACCAACUCUGUGGUGUUCGUCUCCUGGCUGCCACCCCUGAAGCUCAAUGGCAUUAUCAGGAAAUACACUGUCUUCUGCUCCAACCCUUACCCCACGGUUAUCAGUGAGUUUGAGGCCUCGCCCGAUGUAUACUUCUACCGUGUUCCAAACCUUAGCCGAAACCGGCAGUACAGCAUCUGGGUUGUCGCGGUGACAGCAGCGGGUCGGGGAAAUGCCAGCGAGAUCAUCACAGUGGAGCCUCUGGCUAAAGCUCCUGCUAGGAUCCUCACGUUCAGCGGCACAGUCACCACGCCCUGGAUGAAGGACAUCGUUUUACCCUGCAAAGCAGUUGGAGACCCACCCCCAACCAUCAAGUGGCUGAAGGGAAGCAAUGGGACCCCUGCCCUGGUCUUGAUUGAUGGACGACGGAGCAUCCAUAGCAAUGGCAGCUUUGUCAUCCGCACUGUGAAAGCAGAGGAUUCUGGGUACUACAGCUGUGUGGCCAGCAACAACUGGGGCUCUGAUGAGAUUACGCUUAACCUGCAGGUUCAAGUUCCUCCUGACCAGCCACGUCUAACGGUGACCAAGACAACCAUCACGUCAAUCACUCUGUCCUGGAUCCCAGGAGACAAUGGUGGAAGCUCCAUACGAGGAUACAUCUUGCAGUACUCAGAGGACAACAGUGAGCAGUGGGGGAGCUUUCCCAUCAGCCCUAGCGAGCGGUCGUACCGCCUAGAGAACCUCAAGUGCGGCACCUGGUACAAGUUCACCCUCACAGCCUUGAACGCCGUGGGCCCAGGACGCAUCAGCGAGAUCAUCGAGGCCAAGACGCACGGCAAAGAACCACAGUUCUCCAAAGAGCAAGAGCUGUUCUCCAGUAUCAACUCCACACGCGUGAGGCUGAACCUGAAUGGUUGGAACAAUGGUGGUUGUCCAAUCACCUCCUUCACACUGGAAUACCGCCCGGUGGACACCACAGUUUGGACCACGGCCCAGCGAACCUCCCUGACCAAGAGCUAUAUCCUGUACGACCUGCAGGAGGCGACGUGGUAUGAGCUGCAGAUGAGGGUGUGCAACAGUGCCGGCUUUGCCGAGAAGAAAGCCAUGUUUGCCACACUCAGUGCUGACGGCAGCACCAUCCCUCCACUUUUGAAGAUAGUGGACGAGAGCAAGGACAGCAUGUCCAGCAAUGAGGGGCUGAAGAUGAUGGUGACCAUUUCCUGCAUCCUGGUGGGUGUGGUCAUGCUCUUCAUCCUACUCCUGGUGCUGAGGAGGAGGAGGAGGGAGCAGAGGCUCAAGAGGCUACGAGAUGCUAAAAGCUUGGCGGAGAUGCUGAUGAGCAAGAACACACGCACGCCAGAGAGCAUGAACAAGCAGCAGCAGGCAUUGAGAAUGCACAUCGACAUCCCCCGAGCCCAGCUACUCAUCGAGGAGAGAGACACCAUGGAGACCAUUGACGACCGGUCAACAGUGCUGCUCACCGAUGCUGAUUUUGGUGAGACAUCCAAGCAGAAGUCCUCCACUGUCACGCACACGGUGCACUACCAGUCUCUCUCCCAGGCCACUGGGCCUCUGGUGGACGUGUCCGAUGCCCGGCCUGGGACCAACCCCACUGCCCGCCGCACGGGCAAGAUGGGCCCAACCACCCGCAACCGCUAUGCUAGCCAGUGGACACUGAACCGCCCGCACCCACCCAUCUCCUCCCACACGCUGACCACUGACUGGAGACUGCCCACUCCCCGCGCAACUGGCUCCAUGGACAAGGAGAGUGACAGCUACAGUGUCAGCCCGUCUCAGGACACAGACCGCGCACGGAGCAGCAUGGUGUCCACAGAAAGUGCCUCCUCCACCUACGAGGAGCUGGCCCGGGCCUACGAGCAUGCCAAGAUGGAGGAGCAGCUCCGCCAUGCCAAGUUCACCAUCACUGAGUGCUUCAUCUCUGACACCUCCUCUGAGCAGAUGACAGCUGGCACCAACGAGUACACUGACAGCCUGACCUCCAGCACACCGUCCGAGUCAGGCAUCUGCAGGUUCACGGCAUCCCCGCCCAAACCUCAGGAUGGGGGCAGGGUCAUGAACAUGGCCGUUCCAAAGGCGCACAGACCCGGGGGCGAGCUGGUGCACUUGCCCCCCUACCUCCGGAUGGACUUCCUGCUAAACCGCGGCGUGGCAGUGUCAGGGCGCGAGGCAGUGCUGGGCCAGGCCUGCCUGGAGCCGCAGAAAAGCCGCACGCUGAAGCGGCCUGCCUUGCUGGAGCCUGUGCCCAUGGAGGCCCCGCCCCCUGCCACCACUGCCACAGCCGCCAGCAGUCGUGAGGUGCAGCAGUGGCAGCCGGGGACUGCCUCUACACUGCCCCCAAGGGAGGGGGGCGACCUGGCGCAGGCUGCCAAGAUGAGCAACUCGCAGGAAUCCCUGCUGGACUCCCGAGGGCACCUGAAACAGAGCAGCAACCCUUACGCAAAGUCCUACACCCUGGUAUAA